AUGCGGGGUUUUAACUUUAUGAGGACACAGUUCAUCUAUGGACCUUUUGUAGAUGAGUGUAUGACAUUGCAGGGUUUUAACUUUGUAAAGACACAGUUCAUCUAUGGACCUACUGUAGAUGUGUGUAUGACAUUGUGGGGUUUUAACUUUGUAAAGACACAGUUCAUCUAUGGACCUAAUGUAGAUACCCUGGCAGAAGUAAAAGUUGAAACCAUUGGAGACAAGAAUGAUGGACAGGCUGGAGGAAAGACAUCAAAAGGAGAGACCAUGGGAGACGAGAAUGAUAGACAGACCGGAGGAAAGACAUCAAAAGGAGAGACCAUGGGAGACGAGGAUGGACAGGCCGGAGGAAAGACAUCAAAAGGAGAAACCAUGGAAGACGAAAAUGAUGGAGAGACCAUGGGAGACGAGAAUGAUGGAGAGACCAUGGGAGACGAGAGUGAUGGACAGACCAGAGGAAAGACAUCAAAAGGAGAAACCAUGGGAGACGAGAAUGAUAGACAGACCGGAGGAAAGACAUCAAAAGGAGAAACCAUGGGAGACGAGAAUGAUGGACAGACCGGAGGAAAGACAUCAAAAGGAGAAACCAUAGGAGACGAGAAUGAUUCAACUGAAUAUGGUUUCACUACAUUGAGUGAUAUAGUCUACUGA